UUUGGGCGAUUAAAAGAGAUAACGGAGAUUUGUGUUGUUAAGUGGGGGUUCUGGAUUAUUAUUUUUAGUAAAUUAGUUUUUAAUUUUUCCUAUCGGCUUUGGGGCACGCUUCGCGUGAUGCUGGAAUGUUUGAAUUCCUGGAAGAAAUGUUUAGCUUUUCUCGAACUUUUUUUAAUGGGUUUUCAGUCGGGUCUUUGCUACACGAUGUCCUGUUUCACCGACCGCAGCGGCGACCGAAGCGAAGCAAACCGCGAGCCCAACUUGCCGCAGCCCAACUCACCGCAGCCCAACGGCACCGAAACGAAGCAAGAAAACUUCAAACUUAUGCUCAUCAUCAAUACAUAAAAAUCAAUUCGUUGUGA